AUGGACCGAUUCAACGCGGACUACAUCAUCGGUUCGGACAAGUUUACCAUUGCCAUCGGACUGGAUGUGGGCACGGUGACGGCUGGCCUGCUGGGAACUCUGAAGCCCAGCUACGAUGUUUGGGGUCAUCCGUCUAGUCAGGCCUACAAGUUGCACAGGACGGCAAAAGCCAAUCAGGUGCUUGUGAAGGGCAACGUGAAGAAGCUGCUGGAAAGCUCCUUCGAGUUUGAACCAGUGAGCGCGAAGGGCACCAGCUGGGAGAAGACUUCAAAACUGUUCUGUUGCAAACCUCGUUCUCUGACAGAAUAA